UCAUCACUUACCGUUCAACAUCUGUACCGAUCGGAGCGAUUUAGAUCGAGUAGCGCGAUCCAUUUUUCUGUGGAUGAGAUUAUUUUUACGUGUAUUGAUCGUCCGUGGCCCAUAAAUUCGCAUAAAAUUCAAUUGCGCAUCGUCGCGUCUCGUCGUGUCAUUGCGUGUUGACGACUUCCGACUGGCAGUCGCGAGUCGAGUUGUCUUGGAAGCAUGAAGGAGUUCCUGAUCGCGUUCAGCGCGAUUCUAGCUGUAUCCACAGCUGCAGUUGUCAUUACUGAACCAAGAAAUGAUGAUCCCCAGCUUUUGGGUGCAGACGAAUGUUCAUGGGGUCCAAGUUAUUGGUGUGAGAAUCUAAAGACAGCUAAAGGAUGCAGUGCUGUUAAACAUUGCAUUCAUCGAUAUUGGGAACAAAUGGAAGUUCCAGAUGAUAAAGACAAUGUAUGUGGAAUUUGCAAAGAUAUGGUGCAACAGGCACGGGAUCAAUUGGAGAGUAAUCAGACUCAACAGGAUUUGAAAGAUGUUUUUGAAGGCAGUUGCAAAUUAAUUCAUAUUAAACCAAUUGUCGAGGAAUGCAUCAACAUUGUGGAUGAAUUUAUCCCUGAACUUGUGGAAACAUUAGCAUCCCAAAUGAAUCCAUCUGUGGUUUGCUCUGUUGCAGGACUUUGCAAUAAUGUUCACAUUGACGAAUUGCUUUCACAGCAUCAAAUAUCAACAAAGAAGGACAACAAGGAAACAAAGUCAGUUUUAUUGUACAAUGACGAACUCGAGCCUGAUGAAUGCACUAAAUGCUACACAAUAGCAAAUUAUAUGGAAAAUAAAUUACAUCAUACAUCGCGUGAUGCGAUGCUUCUGCAAUUUUUGAAUAUUUGCGGCAAAUUUGAUUCUUUUUCGGAUUCUUGUUCAGGCAUUAUCAUAAAUCAUUUUAAUGCCAUUUACGAUCAUCUACAAAAUAAUUUCAAUGCGGAAAACAUAUGUCACUUAUCAGGACAAUGCAGUAACAAUUUCCAUAAACACGAAGACACUAUUGAUGCAGUUCCAAAAGUAGAGAUAACACCACUGUCAAGUGUUGGCAUAGUAGAAGUCGGAGAUGAUCUUCCAUGCAAGCUAUGUGAGCAACUUGUGGGUCAUUUGAAAGAUCUUUUAGUUGCAAACACUACGGAGAUAGAAUUUAAACAAGUUCUUUUGGGCCUUUGUAAGCAAACUAAAUCUUUUGCUGAUGAGUGCAAAGCCAUUGUUGAUCAAUAUUAUCAGCAGAUUUAUGAAUAUCUCACAAAAGGACUGAACAGCAAUGUUGUCUGUCAAUUAUCUGGUAUUUGUCCUGGUCCUGGCAAAACAAUACAAGGACCAAUUUGGCCUUUAGUCCCAGAAAAACUAGUGAAAGUAGGGAUGAACAUAAUGAAUAAUAAACAAGAUCAGAAAGAAAUUGAAGUGGCUAUUGGCAAGGAUCAUCAAAAAUCAGAAGCUAAAGAAAUGCAAUUGCCAAUUGAAAGAUUAAUUCCUUUUUCUUUGCUGCAAGCCGAAAGUGUUAAUGGAAAGGAAGCAUGUGCACUGUGUGAAUAUUUGUUACAUUAUAUACAAGAUACUGUUACAGAUCCUGCAAAUGAGGAGAAAGUGAAGCAAGUCCUUGGGACAAUAUGUAAACAAUUACCUUCUAUUGAAGGUAAAUGCCAAGAAUUUGUAGAUAUUUAUGGAGAUGCAAUUGUGGCCAUACUUGCCCAGGAAAUUGAUCCAUCACAGGUGUGUCCUAUGAUACAUAUUUGUCCAUCGGAGGCAUUCCUUGAUAAACUGGAACAAAUUCCUAAAAGUUUCAUCAUUCAAGAGGUACAAGAUAAACCAGGUUGUCCACUCUGUCUGCUUGCAGUGACGCAAAUUUAUAAUGUUGUCAAAGACAACAAAACUGAGGCUAACAUUGAAGCUGAAUUAGAUAAAUUAUGUAAUCACUUGCCACGUAGCUUGACCGACCAAUGCACAGAUUUUGUUAAGGCAUACAGCAAAGAGCUUGUAGAAAUGUUGCUCGCAGAUUUGACACCCUCAGAAGUAUGUGUUUACCUUAAAUUGUGUGACCAGACCAAAGAUGUUGGUCCAAAACAUAAUUAUAAUAUUCAAAAGGACAGGGAAAUACUAACCAACGAGAUACCCAAUUAUCCAUUACCUACAGUUCAGUCAGAGAAUACUUUAGACGACGGAGUGUGCACAAUUUGUGAAUUUGCAAUGCAAUAUAUUGAUAAAGUGAUUCGUAAAAAUAAGACGCGAGAUGAAAUUGAAAAAGCAGUACAUAGUGUAUGUAAUCAUUUACCGAAAACAGUUGCCAAGGACUGUAAUCAGUUUGUGGAUGAAUAUGCUGAUGCUCUAAUAAGUAUUCUAGCAGAGGAUGUUAGUCCCAAAGAGGCAUGCACCUUACUCGGCCUUUGCCAAAUCAGCAUGAUGCAAAUUCAAGAAUCUGUAGCAGAAUGUGCCUUAUGUCGAGCAAUUAUAUCACAAAUUGACAAGUUGUUGGGUAAUCCAAAGGUUGAUGCUGAAAUUGAAGAAGUUGUCGAAAAAGUGUGCAAAUAUCUACCUGCGAAUAAACGAGAUAAGUGCAAUGCGGUGAUAGAAAUUUAUGGGCCGAGUAUAAUAAACAUGCUAAGAAAGCACAUAAAUAGCGAAAAGAUGUGCAGCAAAAUGGCUUUGUGCUCUUCCAAUGAUUAUUUUGCCAUGUCAUUUAAGAAUUCACGUGUGUUGCGAUCGAUUAAUGAAAUUAAAAAAUGCACUUGGGGCAAAUCGUUUGUGUGUGGAAAUGAGGAAGUAGCUAGACUUUGCAAUGUGGAUAUGAGCAAAGUAAAACUUGAUGUUAUCAAACCAUGGAUCACAACAAAGAUUACGCAGAUUCUGGGAAUGGAAGACGAUGUUGUGGUAGAGUUUGUGUAUAAUCAGCUUGAGGAGAAGAGACCGUUGGUGGGGCUCAACCCUUUUGUCCAAAUGGCAUUCGGAUGUGCUCCUCUCUACAUCCGAUUGGCUGCCUUUCUAUCAGCCGUCAGCCCUAAUGUCAGCUGUGGUGGCAGUUGGUAUCUCAACGUCACCUUAGAACCGCCGCAAAUCUUCAACUUCAGCAGCUACGUCAUCGCUGCAACUACUACAGAGCAACGUCAUCCACAUCGCCGGAUCACCAACGAUGAUCCUUUCUAUCGACCAUCACUGCCUACUGCAAAGGACGUCGCUUCCGUUCGUCCAGCUACCUCGACCGAGGUAGUUUGUCGUCGUGAGCUACGGGAUUUCGAAAGCCUUGCAGCUUGAGGAUUGCCCAAGGAUCUUCAGUUUCCCGAUGGCGUCAUCCCUCUCCUGGUGGCAUGUCAUUUUGGGACUUUUGGAAGCUUCAUCUCGUGCCGCAGCUACGGUUUCUCCGUUGGAAUCACCGAUGUCAAAGUCCGAAAGGUGAAAUCGAGCGCCACUGCUUACUUAACACCGGAUCGCGGUUCGCAAAGGACUCCGAUAUUCUUCCGGACAUACUGUCGGUCACGUAUCGGCAUGAUUCAGGCGAAAACAGCGCCCGGUGGUAUCCCUACACAUGACGAAGAACAAGAGAAGCUUCAGGCAUCGUUGGCGGAGAAAGAAAAAGAGAAGGAGCGCGAAAAGGAAAAGGAUGAUGCGGAUAGUAAAGUGAAAAAGGACGAGAAGGAUAGCAGCUCAUCGAAGGAGCGUAGAAGGGAUCGAAGCAGGGAUCGUGAUAGAGAUAGAAAAAGGAGCAGAUCGCGGGACCGACACAGAGAUCGCGAUCGAUCGAGUCGAAAAAGAAGAUCCGUUUCAAGAUCACCAAGUAAAAAUUCACUGAAAGAUAACGGGAAAGACAUGUCUGAAGCUAAGAUCGAACGGAAAGACUCUCCGCAACCGGAAAAUGCCAUACCCUUGAUGCCAGUUAAAACUAAACCGGAAGCCGCAGAAGCAAUAUCGAGAUUGCAAGCCAAAUUGAUGAGCAUUGCCGAUGGAAAGAAGAGGAAUAAUCGCACACCUUCGCCAGAAUCGCUGGACAAAUUAGUAAGGAAAUCGCGAUCUAUAUCUAAAUCGCCGGUGAAUCGUUCAAAGAAAUCCAAAUCCAAAUCACCUAGCCGGGAUUCAAAGCGUCGGUCACGAUCGCCUGCUUCGAAGUCAAGACGGUCCCGUUCUAAAUCAAGAUCUCGAAGAUCCCGAUCUAAAUCCAGAAGAAUAAAGUCGCGCUCGCAAGAUCGCAUCAAGUCAAAGCGAAGUAAAUCUAAAUCGCCGAGAUCACGAUCGCGAUCGCGAUCCAAGAAAUCGCGAUCCAAGAGCGACGAUAGGAGCAAGUCGAGGAAAUCGAGAUCUGACUCGAGCGACUCGAAAUCAUCCAAGUCUCGCUCGAAGUCUCCGGAUAAACGAAAAGAUAAUGGGGAUUCUAACAGAAAACGUGACGGUACUACGAGCACCAGCUCAGAAUCUGAAGAAGAGAAAGAUGCGAAAGAUAAGAACGAUUUCGAGAUACGAAAGAAGAAGGACGGCGUGCAAGCUAAGAGAUCUUACCGGAAAACCAACAAGGACGACAGCGGUAGCGAUAGCGAUUCCAGUCGAGAGAGAAAGUCAGCUCCUAAGAGAAGAAGUCCUUCGCCACGUAAGGACAGAGGUCGAUCCAAGGACAGGGACAGAAAUAGAUCACGGGAUAGAUCGCGGGAUAGGUCACGAGAUAGAUCACGAGAUAGAUCACGUGAUAGAUCACGAGACAGGAACCGAAGAAGAUCAUUAGAUCGAGAUCGCGACAGGAGACGGGAGCGAGAGCGUGAAAGGGAUAGAGAAAGAGAUAGAUUGGAUCGGUACAGCGGCAGCCGCGGCAUGCGGCCACCUUCUGUACGCAGACCGCUUAAUAGGCGUAGCAGUCCUCCGCGAAGAAGUCCGACAAGAUAUCGACGUAGGUCACCGAGUCCCGAAGAUAGGCGUCGCAGGAGAUCGUCGUUGGAUCGUCGAAGGCGAUCGUCGGAGAGACGUGACAGACGUCGAUCACCCGAUCGCCGUGGCAGCCGACGUCAUUCACCGGACGGACGGGAUCGAUCGAGCAGGUACGAUAGAUCUUCCUCGCGCGACAGAUCAAGUAGGCGGGAGCGCUCCAGAGAACGACGGGAUAAGGAUCGUCGAUCUAGAUCCAAAGAUCGCAGAUCGAGAUCUAAGGAUCAGAGGUCAUCGGUGGAUCAUUCGAGAGACGGGAAGCGGUCUCCAGAUCGUCCGAAGGAGAUCAAGGAUAAGGCAAGGGACAAGAAAGUGGAUGAGAAAACUAAAAGACCGCCUGAUACAGGAUCGCGAAAAGAAUUGCGAAACGGCCGGUCUAAAUCGAGUAGCUCGGAAAGUAGCGAGAGUAGUUCCUCUAGCAAUGAGGACGAGUCACUUAGGAAAUCGAUUGAGCGUAAAACGUCUCAGGAGAAGCGGGAAAGAGAACGCGAACACGCGGAUGAUUCUAAGAAAAAAGAAAAGGAGGAACAACCUAAGCGGCCAGAAAAGGAGAUCAAAAAGAUAGAACCUGUUACCGCGAAAAAAUCGGAACCCAGUGUUUCUCCUAAGAAACUUCAAGUUAUUUCUCUUCCUAUUACCAGACACAGAUUUUCAAAGAGCUUAUCGCGUACACCCUCGCCGUUUAAGAAGACCGAAGACAUUGUUGCAGCAGCAAUUAAAAUUAAACAAACUAUUAAGGAAGAUAUCAAGGACGAAUCGCCGAAGAUUGGAGAAACAAAUUUCGCCGCUGGAGAUGCUUUCCCUCUAAAAAAAGAUGAGAAAUCUUUGAAAACAAAAUUAAUAGUAGAAGAUAGAAAAUCUGCUCAGAAACCAUUAGAAUCUUCAUCCAAGAAACCUACAGAAAUGACUAAAAAAACGAAGAGAGAAAAGCGUGAUGGUUCCACGGACAGCGAAGAUAGUGAUGGCGAAAGCAAGAGAAAAUCGAGAAAGCCAGAGAAACCGAAGAGGUCGAGGAAAGCAUCGACGGAUGAAGAUAAAUCUGAAAAAAGCAAAGCUGGAUCUAGUUCAGACUCUGAAGAUGACAAAAAGCAUUCAGAUAAAAAUAAAAAAGUUAGAGACACUAAUCGAACCGAUUCGACGGAUGAUCGCAACAAAGAUAGAAAGGAUAGUAGAAAACGCGAAAUAGCCGAUGAUUCGCGAAAGCGUUCAAGGGAUAGGAAGAUAGAGGAAGAUUUAAAAAAAUCAAAAAGAUCGCGGAGAGAUUCUUCUUCGGGUGAGGAAGAGCAGAAAUCUAAAAGAAGCAGAAACGAAGAUGAUAGAUCAAGAUCUCGAAAAUCGAAAAAAGAUUCGAGUUCGGACGAAGAACCUAAAAAAAUAAAAAAAAGAAGAGAUACUUCAUCAGAGGAGGAGAAAUCUAAAUCACGAAAAUCCAGAAAGGAUUCGACGAGUGAAGAUGAAUCUAAAUCAAAAUCAAAGAAAUCUAAACGAGAUUCUAGCUCGGAGGAUGACGAUCUCGGAGAUAAGGACACGAAAAAGAAAAGGAAAAUUGACGAUAGCUCCGACGAUGAGAAAGUGAAAAAGAAGCGUAAGAAAAAGGCAAAAACUAGCACCAGCGAAUCGGAGGAAAGUGAAGUGGAAGAGAAAAAGAAGAAGAAGGAGAAGAAGCACAAGAAACACAAGAAGCACAAGAAGCAUAGAAAACAUAAGAAGAAGAAGGUUGCGGAAUCAGAUGAAUCUGAUGUAAGUGAAGGUAAUACAGAAGAACUGGAAAAGAAACUUCGAGAGAAAGCAUUAAAGAGUAUGAAAAAGGGGCAUAGUAUUGAACGAAGUGAUUGAGUAUAACGUGUCAUAAAUAUAUCUCUGUAUCGCAAAACAUUCUAAUUUUAUUAUAAAUAUGAUAACUUCCGUUUCAUAUUAACACACAAUUGAUUAUUAUUUUCCAUAUAUAUUAUGUAUAUAUACAAUAUAUAUAUCACUUGAUCCCUUUGGAACAAAAUCAAACGGUAUUCAUGAAGAGAUUGUGAAAUAGUUUCCAUAUAAGGACAUUCGGGAAAAAUAUGAUUGAGAUUUUCUAGUUUUUACAAUCUCCAUUCAGAUUUACAAAGAUUAUCAUUGUUUUGUAAUAAUAAACACAGUGUACUUAUUCAUGCUGAUACAGAUACUCUUUUAGGUUGAUGUAACAUAAAGACGCAAUUUUUUUUUCUUUUUGUUGAGGAUCUGACGUAAAUAGUAUCAGUUAUACAUCACUUCAGUUCCUAAGCAUAUUUAAAAAAAGAGUAGGACUUGUAUACAGUGAUUGAUUUGUGUUUAUUUGUAUAAAGUUUAGUCUUUAAUGCAAUGUUUAGAGAAUACAAUAAAUUGCAUCGAAUGAUGUUAUGGCACACAACUCAUGCAAGAGCUAUUAAAAACCUACUUUGCAGAAACCUCAGAGUAUGCCCCCGAAUGAUAUAGUAAUUUCUAUUUUACAGUGACUCCUAAUUUCUUCUAGACAUCAGAAUCGCCAUACAGAAUUUACAGAAUGCAAUGUAUUUUAUUUAAUAACCUACAUAUUUUCUAGUACACUGGAAAAGAAAAUACAAAAUUACUCACAA